UUGGGAAUGUCCCCACUUGGUCACUGUGGGGCUGGAGGGGUCCCUCUGCCCCUCCACCUGUGCAGGAAGGGGCUGGCUGCGCGGUACCACGGCUGAGCCCCCCCCAAGGACCCGAUGUCCCUUCGGGCUGAGCUGCGAGAUAAGGUGACUGCUUGUCUCCAUACUGCAUGAGCUGCUGCUGGCUGAGCCCCAGCGUGCUGGGUCCGGUGCUGAGCAUGGGAGAGAACAGGGACCAUCUCUGCUUGGGAACUGCAGGCGUGAAGUCCAUUGGGAGCAUCCAUGGCAGCAUGCACACAGGGACCAGGUCCUGUGUGAGGGGUGUGAGGUGCACGGCGCUGAGGCCACAGCAGUGAGACCAGGGCUUGUGGCUUCGGCCAGAGCACAGGCACUGCAGAAUCAGGGCUGCUUGGGGCUCUGGCAUCCCUGGGAUACCACAGCCCCUCUGGGACAGAGGAGACUGAGUGCAGGAUGCCUCUCACCUGUCCUCUACCCUGGCAGGUUUGGCUGUGGUGGCCUGGGAAUGAUGGGAAGGGGGAUAUGGUGUCACUGGGACACAUGAAGCAUGAUGUCAUGCAGUGCUGUGAUGUUACCAUGCUGUCACUGCUGUGAGGUGGCUUUGGGGUGUGGUGGGGCUCCUGCGCAAUGUCGCACGAUGUUGUGGCAGUGCUGGGCCGGGAUGGGAUGUGGCCCGGGAUGGGAUGUUGCUGCAGUGGUGAUGCAUGACACUGGGGACACGCAGCAUGGCGGCAGCAAUGUCAUGGGGACGGGGCGGCCAUGCAAGUGGCCAACUCCCACGUCCCCAUGAUGUGUGCUGGGGACCACAGCCAUGUACGUGAGGAGCCCUGGGGCAGCAUCUCCCUACCUGCGCUAACAGGUCUGUGGGGUGUGACCUUCCUAGGUUUGUGUACCCAGGCGUUGCCCUCACCCCAUCCCAUUCUACCCUCAGGCUACUUUUGGCAGCAGCCUUGCAUGGGGAUGGCAGUGCCAGGGAGCAGCUGUUAGGCCAGCACUACAUUCCUGCGCUACCCAGUUGUGCCCUGUGUGGGCAUCCAUGGCACUCCUGACUUGCUCCCAUCUUCCCUCUGUCCCUUCUGACCACUUCAGCUCCCUGCCACCAGGUUUAGCCAUGCUGAGCAGGAGUCCCAGUGUGACUGCAGCACCUGGAGUGACCUUGCCACUAGAUGCCAAGACAUGAGCUGGGACAGGAGAGAGCUGAGCUCUGCCAUAGGCAUAAAAGCAGGACCCUGUUGCCUCAAACAUCCUUGUGCUGUGCUGGAAGCCACAGGGCCUCUUGCAUUCAGUACACUGAGCCUGGGCCUCCGUCCCUUUUCCCAAAACAGCCUGGCUCUGGGCCGGGCAGCCCCCACCAUGGCACCCAGAACCGGAUCCGUGGGGAAGAGCCUUUUGUUUCCAAUCAGGAACAUUGUUUCCUCCUGGAAAAGCUUCCUCCAGCUUGGAGGGAUUCCGGCUGCAGCUGGAUGGAGUGGGGGUGUGCCUGGGGAGUGGGCCAAGCUGCAGGGAACGGGAGCUGGAGGGGAUACAGAGCCCCAUUGAUGGCAUGGGGACUGUUCCCUGGAGGGGCACCAGGCAAGGGAAUGCUGCACCAUGCUGGCUGGGGACAGAGAUGGAGGUUGGGAAAUCAGAGGACAACCCUAUGCCCAUGUCUAUAUGAAUGGGCAGAUGCUCUGUGCCUUGUCCCCACGCUUCCCAGAUAAACCUUGGGGUAAGAUCCUUGGAGCCUUCUCCCUUCCCCAGGAGGCAGCAGCAGGCUGGUGGUGACAAUCUACCAAGGUCCAAGAAUAGGGCAUCUUCCCUUCUCCAAGCUGGCCACACAGGGCCAAUGGCAUGAGGACAGGCUGACAGUGAGACUGGUCACCUUUCCCCACUGCUUGUCUUUUGGGGGAUGCUCCUAAAGAAUUUGGAACAGCUCUGUCAUGGCCACACGGGGUAGUGCCCCUUGCUGGACUUGAUUGACACAGCUGGUGCCAUGCAGCUGGACUUUUCUGGAGGGGACUGCCCAGCCCACAGUGAGUGCAGCAGUCCUGAGUGCCACCUCACUUGUCACCCAGUCUAAAGCCGGGUCAGAGCCAGCUCCAAAGCUCUGCAGCCUUGCCAGCAGAGCUGGCAGCCACAGUCCUCCGCAGUCCAGGUUAAUUGAGCCUCUUCUCCCAGUCUCCUGUCACCUUUCCAUGGCUGCAGCCCUGUGCAGACAACCCCCCCCCACAGUCCCCAAGAGAAACAGUGAUGGCAGGAUGGGGAAACUAAGGCAUGUUGGAGCCGCACAGAAAUGCCUGAGGUCUCGGGGCUGGAGAAUCGAAGGGUUGUGCAUUACUGAGUGGGGUGGAUGGUGAGUGGUGGAGGAAGAAUAACUCAUACAGGGAUGAUGCUCGGGCUCCGUGGAAUGGGAUCUUGGUGGUGCAACCAGCAGAGCUGAGUGGCUGCAGGUCUGUCUCAGGUGCCUAGGAUGCUGGCGCUGUGCCUGCUGUCCCUGGCCUGGCUCAGUGAGGGCUCCCAGCGCAGUGAGCCCAUGUUCACCGCCGUCACCCACCAACUGCUCCCGCCUGACUACGACAGCAACCCCACACAGCUCAACUACGGCGUGGCUGUCACUGACCUGGAUGCUGAUGGCAGCUUUGAGAUCGUGGUGGCUGGAUACAAUGGCCCCAACCUGGUGCUCAAGUAUGACAAGACACGGGGCCGGCUGGUCAACGUGGCAGAGGACGAGUACAGCUCCCCUUACUAUGCGCUGCGGGACCGGCCAGGCAAUGCUAUCGGUGUGACAGCGUGUGACAUCGACGGGGAUGGCCGUGAGGAAAUCUACUUCCUCAACACCAACAAUGCCUUCUCUGGCAUGGCCACCUACACGGAUAAGCUCUUCAAACUCCGCAACGGGCGCUGGGAGGACCUGCUGAGCGACGAAGUGAACCGUGACGUGGCCAGCCGCUUCGCCGGGCGCUCUGUCGCCUGUGUGGACCGCACGGGGUCGGGCAGGUACUCUAUCUACAUCGCCAACUACGCCAGCGGCAAAGUGGGCCCACAUGCGCUGCUGGAGAUGGACGUGGCUGCUAGUGACCCUGCCCGUGGCAUCGUGGUGCUGGUGGACGUGGCCGCCCAGGCUGGUGUCAGCAAGUACACAGGGGGCCGUGGUGUGGCUGUAGGCCCCAUCCUGAGUGACAGUGCUUCUGACAUCUUCUGCGGGAAUGAGAACAGCCCCAACUUCCUCUUCCACAACCGUGGGGAUGGGACAUACCAGGACGUGGCAGCUGUGGUAGGGCUGGAUGACCCCUACCAGCAUGGACGUGGUGUGGCACUGGCUGACUUCAACCGUGAUGGCCGUGUGGACAUUGUCUAUGGCAACUGGAAUGGGCCGCACCGCCUCUACCUCCAGGCAGGGGCCCCCGGGCGCAUCAAAUUUCGGGACAUUGCCACUCCCAAGUUCUCCAUGCCAUCCCCCGUCCGCACUGUCAUCGCUGCUGACUUUGACAAUGAUCAGGAGCUGGAGGUCUUCUUCAACAACAUUGCCUACCGCGGCUCCUCCGCUAAUCGCCUGUUCCGGCUCAUCCGCAGGGAGCACUCAGACCCCAUUGUAGAAGAGCUGAACCCGGGGGAUGCGCUGGAGCCCGAGGGACGGGGCACUGGGGGUGCGGUGACAGACUUUGAUGGCGAUGGGAUGCUGGAUCUGAUCCUAUCCCACGGCGAGUCCAUGGCACAGCCACUCUCCAUCUUCAAGAGCACCCAGGGUGCUGGCAACAACUGGCUGCGGGUUGUGCCACGCACCCGCUUUGGGGCCUUUGCACGAGGAGCCAAGGUGGUGCUGUUCACACGACGCAGCGGUGCCCACCUGCGCAUCAUUGAUGGCGGCUCAGGGUACCUGUGUGAAAUGGAGCCCGUGGCACACUUUGGACUGGGACGUGACGAAGCCAGCAGCCUGGAGGUGACGUGGCCCGACGGCCGUGUUCUGGUGCGAGCGGUGGCCAGCAGUGAGACCAACUCUGUCCUGGAGGUCCCCUAUCCACGAGACACAGAGAAACCACCGAUGCCCACCCUGCUGGAGACACCAACGAGUGUGCUGAGUUCCCCUUUGUCUGCCCCCGGGAGAAGCCCAUCUGCAUCAACACCUAUGGCGGGUACCGCUGCCGCAGCAACAAGCGCUGUGCUCGUGGCUUCGAGCCCAAUGAGGAUGGCACAGCAUGUGUGGGUGAGUGAUGGUGGUGAUACACUGGAGCAGCACCUUGGGAUGGUGAUGUACCCACCCAGGCACAGCCACCCCUGCACCCUCCAGUGGUUGCCUAUGCCCCAGCCCCACAGCUACGUGCCUCCGUGUCUGCUGGUCCCGUGCCACCCACUUGCUGCUGAUCACCCAACUCUCUUUCUUUCCUGCUCCUUUUCUCAUUCUCCGUGCAGCUCAGGUGGCCUUUUUUGGGGGAUACCCCUCCACCGGGAGCUGGCCCUGGGCCCCCCAACGCAUUCUCCUCUCUCUGGGCUUCGGACUCUGCCUUUGCCUCUAUGCACUUUAACCCUGCCUGUAACACCCAAGCAGCCUUGGCGAAGGAGCAGCCAGCCUCUGUCUGUCUCUUUUUCUCUCUCCCCAUGUGGAACUGCCCUGGAUGGGCAAGGGACCACAGCAUCGUCCCCACACUGCAGCCCAGGACUGAAGCCCCAGCACUCCCCCCGCAUCGCUGGCUCCGUCGCCUCGAUCCCGUGCCAUGUGCCUGCUGGUUUGGCCUGAGCCACGUGUGCUUUUCAAGUCCCCUCUGCUCGGGGGGAGGCAACCCCAGCAGAGGAGGCUCCCCCCAGCCUAUCAGGGGAAAGUCCCCUCAGUUU